AUGUCGCAAUCACAGCGACUGGUGGCCUCACAAGCCAGUUCGGCUUAUUCACGCGCCGUUGUCACGAUACGCCUCAAUAUCAAAUACAAAGAUAUCGAGAUUGGAAUCGGUGACGCUGCAAAUCUUCCUGCUUAUGUUGCACUCGCGUUAGACAUUGCUCGUCAUGGAGGAAAAGCAGAGGAGAUAGUGGAUGAGUGGCUCCACGUAGUUCUUUCUGAGAAUUAUGAUGAUAGAAGAAUCACACGAGAGGCAUUGGAGCAUUCAAUUCAGGAAGCGGAGCAGGGGGUUCGAACCCCAUUUUCGUGUAGGUUGAAGAUUAGAAUUCCAGCGGUGUUCUCGAAGGCAAUACAACACUUACUAGCUGCGCGACAACUUGUUGAAGAUGAUACACAAUUAGCUAUUGAUCUUUUUAAUCAAAAUCCCUCUUUGGCAGAACCAAUUAUUCGGAGUUGGUUAGUUCGUCUUAGAGAUAUGAGAUGUCCGGAGCUACUUGAAGGGCUGGUUGCAGGGUCUGGAGUAAAUACACAACUAGGCGCGCUAUUAGCUUCAGAUUUCAUCUCUUCGUCUAGUCCACUGCAGAGGCAAGUUUCCAAUCACAUACUAGCGAUUUUCAAAGAAGGCACAUUACCCAUUACUCAAAGAUUAAAAGUCGGCCUUACACUUUCCCAACUUGGAGAUCCUCGAGACUUAUGUCCUUCACUACCACUCCUUCCAACAUAUUCACAUUCGGUUCUUCCACCCAUCCGAAUUCAUCACCUGCCCAUUCUAUCACCAUUUCCUCGUACCGUAUCGAUGUUUUCCCAGUUCUGGUUCGAGACUAUGCGAUGUUUAUCCAUGAAACAGGACGGAAAUGGAAUAGUCCAGAUGGUGUAUCCCCUUCUACAGAAACCUUCCCAGCUACAGAUCUUACCUGAUAAGAUGCGCGUGCGUAUUGUACCUGGUUGA